AUGUGGGCGUGUCUUCUUGCCAGGCUCAUUCUCGGAGUUCUCACCCUGUCUGGGUUGACAUGGGCGCGAGCGGACCCAGGGUCAUCGACGAGGGAGGAUGUCGAGAAGAAAAAUAAUAGUGCGCCGAUUACCUUGACGGUUGCAAAGGAGGGCGGAAACCAGUCCAGUUCCCUCCUGUGGGGGAUCAUGUUUGAGGAAAUGGAUCAAUCGGGUAUGAUCCCUCAACCACCACCACCACCUCUCUCCUCCCAAUGUAAAAUUGCUGAAAACGCGCAGGAGAUGGCGGGAUUCACGGUCAACUACUGCGGAACAACGGACAACCUCAAUCCGGUCAGCCAUGCCAUCACCUCCUCGCUCCAAGUGCAGGUGAUGCCGUGGGAGUCAAAGCUGGUGGGGUUCUCCAACUCGGGCUAUAAUGGGAUCCCUGUGAUGAACGACACGUAUCGAUGUGAAUUCUGGAUGAAGGGUGUUUAUUCGGGGCCCAUCACCCUGCAGCUCGUCGGGUCAGCCAGUGGGAUCGUUUAUGCCAAUCACAACAUCACAGUGAACAGUACGUUUGGGGAAUUCACUCGCUACGAAACCUUCUUCAACUCGACUGCUUCUCCGGACGGCAAUAAUGAGUGGCGUCUGCUGUUUGAUGGUUCAAGAGUGGACGGGGGAUCGCUCAACUUUGGGCUACCGCAGCUAUUCCCACCCACCUAUCAUUCAAGGGUGAAUGGUCUACGUAAAGACUUGGCGACUACACUGGAACAAAUCAAGCCGUCCUUUCUCCGGUUUCCCGGUGGAAAUAACAUAGAGGGAAUCCAAAUCGACAACAGAUGGAUCUGGAACCAGACCAUUGGGCCAGUCGUUGAACGUCCUGGAAGACAGAUACUAACAAUCCAGGUGAUUGGCAUUAUCCAAACACGGACGCUCUCGGUGAGUCUAGCCUUGGACAGUGAGCAGGAUCAGGCACUGACAUGUGCAGGACUCGAUGAAUACCUCUGGUGGUGUGAGGACAUGGGAAUGGCCCCUGUUCUAGCCGUGUGGGAUGGCAAAUCGUAUGGAGGAAUCCUUUCUGGUUCCGAUCUACAGCCUUUCCUCGACGAUAUCAUGAACGAGAUGGAGUACCUCUUUGGUCCUCCCAACAGCACCUACGGCAGCAUGAGGGCAAAGAACGGUCGCAAAGAGCCCUGGUUGGUAGAGUAUAUCGAGAUUGGCAACGAGGAUGAUUUCACCGGCGGAUGUCCAACAUACCCCGAUCGCUUUACUCAGGUCUAUGAUGCUAUUCACGAGAAAUAUCCCAACGUCACUCUGAUCGCAUCUACCAAUGAUUUCGAUUGUUUGCCGGAGUCUCCCCCGGACGGAAUCAUGUACGAUUUCCACUACUACCGCAAGCCGGACGAUCUGGUUGCGAUGUUCAAUUACUGGGAUAACCAGCCACGCUCCCAGCCCAUCAUGGUCGGUGAGUUUGGUUGUCGCAAUACCAGCGACGCCCACGGAGUCUACUGGUCUUCCAUGAAAAUGAGCUGUAGUGAGGCCGCACAUAUGAUCGGUUUGGAACGAAACAGUGAUGUGGUGAAGAUGGCGGCGUAUGCGCCGUUAUUGCAGCAUUUUGGCUAUACACAGUGGUCGCCAACGCUCUAUGGGUUCGACUCGAGCCCGGGGUCGAUAACCCCCUCUACCUCAUACUACGUCCAGCAGAUGUUUUCAACCAACCGAGGGUCUACGAUUCUCCCCGUCAACUCGACCGCAGGCUUUGGACCGCUGUACUGGGUUGCCUCCCACACAAACGACACAUACUACACCGUCUAUGUGGAGGUGCCAGACACGAAGUCUGGCAAACUGGAGACGCUUUCGGGUCCGAGAGACGACUACAACAUUCCUCAUAAUGUGACCAUCAAGCCGGUCACCAAGAACGUGACCGUAUCUCAUGGGAACUAUACCAUCGAGAUGACCCCAUGGUCUGUUGCGGUACUGGUGGUCUCGUGA